AAGAGACCCAUUUUGAAAGAGCGCACGAUAAAACUGUAGCGUAGAAGCAGAGGAGGACGCAAAAGGUUUCUCUCGUGCGAAAAAGGUUAGCAUAGAUGAAGCCUGUUCGGUUUUCUGAAUUGUGAUAAAGACAACAAAAAAAAAAAGAAAGAAGAGACAUGGGAGGUUGCUGUUGUUGUUCUUCACGAAGAGCUGUUCUUGAUUAUGGACCUCCCUACUAUUACUAUCCGAGAGCAACCGAAGAGCGUGUUCCUUUAUCUUCCGCUCAUACAAUCUCCUCUGGUGUUGUCGUGGUAGACACAAACUUAGAGACUUCAUCUCCCGAUGCUUAUAUACCACCACCACUGCCUACUCCUUUCCAUGUGGCCAUUGGUGUUCCUCAGACACCAGGAAACGCUGAAGAGUCUGCUUGUGUUGUUGAUAUUAGAGAAGUUUCGGAUCCUGAGCCUUCUCACGAAACAGUCGACGGGGUUCCAACUACAUGCCCGUGUGAAAGCAAACUCCAAACAGAGAUUGAUCUUGAAUCUACUGAAGAUUUAGACCCCAAGAAGCUAUCAAAAGACGUCUUUGUACCAAUAGAGGAAGAGGAGGAUUGUCCCAUAUGUUUGGAAGAUUAUGAUAUGGAUAACCCGAAACUUGUAGCCAAAUGUGAGCACCAUUUUCACCUGGCUUGCAUUCUAGAAUGGAUGGAGAGAAGUGAAACUUGCCCCGUCUGCAACAAGGAAAUGCUGUUUGACUCUCUCCUCGACUAGCAACCUGCAAGUACCAUCAUAGCUUACAAGACUCGUUUCGGCUCUGUAUCUGAACAAAGAAAAGAUAGAUGGUAAGAGAAUACACUAGAGUAACCUUCUUGAUUCACAAGUAGCAUAUUACACAUCAGUGUUCAUAUACAUAGAUGUUUGUACAGACGUUUGAAGUCUUCUACAAAAAAAAGAAUAUCAAGAUAAGAAUUUAGGGGUUUGAUUAUGCCUUAAGAUCCGCUUCUGUGAAUAACAACAAAAAACGAAGCUCUUGUAUUGUGAUUUUGUUCAUCCUUGUUUUUCUUAGAGGUUCUUUUAGGCUAUGGUUUCAAUUUGAGUUUGAUUUUUUUUUUCUUGGGUUCAAAGGAAAAAAAGUAAUCAAGCUCUGAUAUUGAGUUUUAUUAUGGAUUGGGGUUUAUUUUAGUGUUUAUUUGCUUUUUCUUUUUUAAUUGUUACUUGAGGAUUUAAUAAUAGGAUAAAAUGUUUAAUA